UUUAAUCCCUUCCUUCUUGCUAAAUGCCGUGGAUAUAACUGAAUAAGCCUCUCCAGGCUCUCUCUCCCCGCGUGGACAUCCGAGGCCACCAUCUGCCUGGGUUCGGCCGGAGCUGGAGGGCUUGCGGGAGCCUGUCUCGGACGGGGAAGGAUGCGUGGUCCAGCCGGGGAGCCCGAGCGCCCAGCAGAGCCGGCCUCGGAGCCUCCCAGCCAGGGAUAGAUGCUGCCUCGCCCAGGGGCCGUGUCCUGAGUGACCAGACCAUGGAGACCCUGCUUGGUGGCCUGCUAGCGUUUGGUAUGGCGUUUGCUGUGGUGGAUGCCUGCCCCAAGUACUGUGUCUGCCAAAACUUGUCUGAGUCACUGGGGACCCUGUGCCCCUCCAAGGGGCUGCUCUUUGUGCCCCCUGACAUUGACCGGCGGACAGUGGAGCUGCGUCUGGGUGGCAACUUUAUCAUCCAUAUUGGCCGCCAGGACUUUGCCAACAUGACAGGAUUGGUGGACCUGACGCUGUCCAGGAACACCAUCAGCCACAUUCAGCCCUUCUCCUUCCUGGACCUUGAGAGCCUGCGUUCUCUACACCUUGACAGCAACCGGUUGCCCAGCAUUGGUGAGGACACACUCCGGGGCCUGGUCAACCUUCAGCACCUCAUAGUAAACAACAACCAGCUGGGAGGCAUUGCUGAUGAGGCCUUUGAGGACUUCCUGCUGACACUAGAGGAUUUGGACCUCUCCUACAACAACCUCCAUGGCCUGCCUUGGGGUUCAGUGCGGCGCAUGAUUAACCUCCACCAGCUGAGUCUGGACCACAACCUGCUGGACUACAUUGCCGAGGGCACCUUUGCAGACCUGCAAAAGCUGGCUCGCCUUGAUCUCACCUCAAACCGGCUGCAGAAACUACCCCCUGACCCCAUCUUUGCCCGCUCCCAGGCUUUCUCUGUCCUGACUGCAACACCCUUUGCCCCUCCCUUGUCUUUCAGUUUUGGGGGUAACCCACUGCACUGCAAUUGUGAGCUCCUCUGGCUGCGAAGGCUGGAAAGGGAGGAUGACCUGGAGACUUGCGGCUCCCCAGGGGGACUCAAGGGUCGCUACUUCUGGCAUGUGCGGGAGGAAGAAUUUGUAUGUGAACCUCCACUCAUCACUCAGCACACACACAAGCUGUUGGUGCUGGAGGGCCAGGCAGCCACACUCAAGUGCAAGGCCAUCGGGGACCCCAGCCCUCUCAUCCACUGGGUGGCCCCUGAUGAUCGCCUGGUGGGGAACUCCUCAAGAACUGCCGUGUAUGACAACGGCACCCUGGACAUACUCAUCACCACAUCUCAGGACAGUGGGGCCUUCACCUGCAUAGCUGCCAAUGCUGCAGGGGAGGCCACAGCCACUGUGGAGGUCUCCAUUGUGCAACUGCCACACCUCAGCAACAGCACCAGCCGUACUGCGUCCCCUAAAUCCCGCCUUUCGGAUAUUACUGGCUCCAGUAAGACCAGCCGGGGAGGUGGAGGCAGUGGAGGUGGGGAACUUCCCAAGACUACCCCAGAAAGGGCUGUCCUUGUGUCGGAUGUGACUACCACUUCAGCCCUGGUCAAGUGGUCGGUCAGCAAGUCAGCACCCCGAGUAAAGAUGUACCAGCUGCAGUACAACUGCUCUGAUGAUGAAGUGCUGGUUUACAGGAUGAUCCCGGCUUCCAACAAGGCCUUCGUGGUCAACAACCUGGUGUCGGGAACUGGCUACGACCUGUGCGUGCUGGCCAUGUGGGACGACACAGCCACCACGCUCACGGCCACCAACAUCGUGGGCUGUGCCCAGUUCUUCACCAAGGCUGACUACCCGCAGUGCCAGUCCAUGCACAGCCAGAUCCUGGGCGGCACCAUGAUCCUGGUCAUCGGUGGCAUCAUCGUGGCUACACUGUUGGUCUUCAUCGUCAUUCUUAUGGUGCGCUAUAAGGUGUGCAACCAUGAGGCGCCUGGGAAGAUGGCUGUGGCCGCGGUCAGCAAUGUGCACUCACAGACCAACGGGGCGCAGCCUCCCGCACCCACUUUGGGAGGUGCCUUCAGCGGGCCUCCUGCACCAGGGCCGCCCAAGGUGGUGGUGCGCAAUGAGCUGGUGGAGUUCAGUGCAGGUCUGGUGCGAGCCAGUGACUCCUCUUCCUCCAGUUCCCUGGGCAGUGGGGAGGCCGCAGGAUUAGGCCGGGGUCCCUGGAGGCUGCCGCCCCCCGCUCCCCGCCCCAAACCCAACCUGGACCGCCUGAUGGGGGCCUUUGCUUCCCUGGACCUCAAGAGUCAGAGAAAGGAUGAGCCUCUGGACUCCAGGACUCCAGGCGGGAGGGGCUCUGGAGCAUCAGCCAGGGGCCACCACUCGGACCGAGAGCCUCUGCUGGGACCCCCUGAGGCCCGGGUCCGCAACCUGCUCCCCUUGUCCCUGGAGGGCAAGGCCAAACGAAGCCACUCUUUUGACAUGGGGGACUUUGCAGCUGCAGCUGCUGGAGGCUCCAUGUCAGGAAGCUACAGUCCCCCUCGAAGGGUCUCGAACAUCUGGACGAAGCGCAGCCUCUCUGUCAAUGGCAUGCUUUUGCCCUUCGAGGAGAGUGACUUGGUGGGGGCCCGUGGCACUUUCGGCAGCUCUGAGUGGGUGAUGGAGAGCACGGUGUAGGCCUGGGGGGGAGGGGGACAGCGUCCCUCCUACCCUGCAGGGUGGAAGAAAGAAAAAAAAAAACACAUUCCUGGCAAGUCCUCCCAGGAGUUUCCAUGGUGAUGUUUACAGCCAGGGACAGUUCUUCUCCCAGUCAAAGGCUUCCCCCUCCCCCCAUGCCACCCACACCACCUUCCCAGGCCUGUCCCCCUCCAAUUACUGCGGGGUGUGCUCAGGGAAAGCAGAGGACUUGAGCGCUCACUUGUGGGACAGUGCUGAGAUGGAGAGGUGGAUGACUUCUGCCUUUCUGAUCACAAAUGUAGUGUAUAAGCAAGAGGCUUUGGAUUGCUUCUGGUUCCAUUGUGGUUUUUAUUUAUGAAUUAACUUUUCCACUCCCCAGGACCCCCUCAUCCCCCUUCAAUCACACAGAUAAUGGAGUUUAUUCAUUUUACAGCUGGAAGGUCCUCAGCAGCCCCCUGGAGGAAGUGGUUAUUGCAAAUUGACAAAAGAAGAAAUUCAUUGUUCCCUACUUGAUUGGGAACAGGACACCUUCUGGUCAAACCCAUCAGUCUUUCUGUCAGACCUGUAUUUGGGGAGGUGGGGGUGGGAAAGUGUGGCACCCUGACAUCUGCCCACUUUCCUUUGCUUCUCAAACAUGGCGCCCAUGCCUGUAACAUCUGCAGAAACCACAAGAGUAACUUCUUUCAGGACUUGGUGUGUGAGGUCUCGAGAUGGAGUGGGCCUUAGUAAAGGCAUAAUGGAUCUUAA